AUGAGCAGCACAGACCUGGAGCGCAUGUCGCUCAGCUCCUCGGCGAACUCGGUGGCUUCCAGCGCGCGGACGCUCUCGGCCAACGUGAGGAAGCUCCACAACGCGCUCAACCUCCUGCUGAACGACUUCGAGCGGGAACAGUUCAUCCACUGCCUGAACGUCUACCACUCCAAACGCAACGUGUACGACCUAGUGCAGACCCUCAACGUCAUCCUGAACGCUCCCAGCAAGCGGCAACUUUUGCCCAUGCUUAGGUUGGUCAUCCCCCGCUCUGACCAACUGCUCUUCGAGCAGUACACCUCGGAGGGUCUUUAUUUAAAGUCGGAAUUGGUUGCAAAUAAUGGGAACGCGGAACCACCGGCGCCCAUGGAGUUCCCCAGCGUUAGCCCGACGCCCUCCGGGCAGUUCUCGCCCAACGACCCGCCGGAGUUCCAGGUCGCCCUGCGGGGCUCGCCGGACAGCUUCAGCACCAGCAGCGACGGGACAGCUCCCCUGGUGCCGCUACUCGGGAGGAAUUUUAUCCACGAGCCCCCGGGCGAGCUACGGCAGGUCGCCAUGAAACGGCACAAGAGCAACGAGGGCCUGGGCUUCAGCAUCCGCGGCGGCUCGGAGCACGGGGUCGGGAUCUACGUGUCCCUCGUGGAGCCCGGAAGCCUGGCGGAGAAACAGGGCCUCCGGAUCGGGGACCAGAUCAUGAAAGUCAACGACAAAGUCUUCGAUAAAGUCACCCACGCAGAAGCAGUAAAGGUGAGCUUCGUAUUCGACUUUUUUUUGUACACAUAA